CAAGUGAUUGGAAUUUGGUUAGGUCGAUGCAGUUGUAGGUCUGUGUAGUUUUGUUGAGUUUUUGUGGAUUUGGAGAAGACUGUUGUGAUGUGUUAAGGUGUUGGUAGAGUAGGUGCGAAAGGCUUCAGAUAAAGCGUGAAUGAUGGUGGUCAAAGUAGCCAAUGUUUAGAAUGAACUAAAUACCAACUGAAAAAUAAUCUAUUUCUAAACAGACUUUAACUUCAGUGCCUAGAGUUCCAGUGUCUGUACCUAUAGUCUAGAUAUUGUUACAGUAUUUUACAUAAUGUUUUAUUACCGACAUCUCCGAGGCGGACAAUACAAAGCAGUUACCAAGUAACAGUCGAUGUAGAGCAGCCAAACAUCGCAUCGGUUCACUAAUUCAAUGGUUGAAUAGUUCGCGAAUCGUGCGCAGCGCGUAUUCCAACAAUACACGCGCGGGACUUUGUGCUACAUUCUUACUUGUAAAUAACAACACAGAUGUGAAGUAGUGCCAGUGUAGAGUGCGAGAGAGUGGCGCAUGGUGCAGUAGUGUGGCUUCCCUAUGAACACGGAGGAGAUGGUCAAAAAGGGCUGAGCACGAGCCGCUAAUCGUGGCUGACGGACGCAGCACGGUGCGUACUGGCAGCACUGUGUGUCGCGACACACGCACACACAGAGGAAACGCGAGCGCGCGACCGGCGCGCCAGUCGGCACACCGCCCGGGCGGGCGCCACACGACCGGGAUCUGCGCGAGCGACGAGCGGCGACGCGAACCAAAAUAAUAUCAGUGAAAUAAACACGUAUCCGCCAAACGCUGUAACGUGCGAGCGCAAGAUUCUGUGAAUUUAUUACGAGUACGUGAACGAGUCUCAGUGCAGAGGACGAAACGACAGACCGCAGUCUGUACGAGAGAGCGAUUAGGGUUCACCGAACCCCCACGACGAAACGAUUCGAGAUCGGAGCCGCAGAAGUGCCUUCUCGGCCCCUCGAAAAAUUGUAAAAAUCGCUCGGUGACUGUCAGGCACUAAACCAAACCUGCACUAUUUCUUGUAUUAUAGCCGUACUAAAAACGAAAAAAUCUCGACAGAACGCCCUCUAUCAGUGGCCACGACAGAGGGUUUUUAAUUUAUGUACAUUUUAUAUAUGCAUAUAUAAAAAAAGAGAAAAAUAGUGAUCUCUAACGUGACGUCACAAUAUUAUAGAAAUUGUGAUUAUUUAAAAUAAUUAAUUCAUUAUUAUAAUCGCUUUGCUGUUUUCAAAUCGCAUUUUUAACGCGUAUUGCCCGUUGUAUUGUUAGUUGUUUAUUUUUAAAUUGUAAAUAUUAAAAAAAUAUACUUAAUCAUAAUAGGUGUGACAUUGCGUAAAGUAACUAUUAUACUAGUCAUUGAUCUAGUGUAUUUAUUUUGAUAAUAUUCAAUUUAUAAUCGAUAGAGGAUAAACUAAUUUUAUUAGAGGUUUCUGACUACGUAUUUAAAAUAUCUACUAAAAAAUUAAACUGAGCCUGAGUGCGUCAAUAACCAAAGAAGAAAAAUAUAGCAGUGAACUUUUUAAAAAGUAAAAGCCAGUACGUCAAAGAAGGCGGGAAUCCGUGGGCUGUACCACAGACUACGAACAGAGAAUAGUGCUUGACUCUGUUGUAUCGAUUACCACAAUCGGCAAGAUGCAGACCCAAAUCGGUGUUGGUAACGAGCUGCAGAGAAGCUACAGGAUGCAGGAUUUCGCAUCUCCUGGCGUCAUCAUGCGGGAGCGGAGCUUCAUCCGCCCUCAAUCCCAUCACAAUAUGCAUCAUAACCAGUUCAACAAUGCAAAACGACGGAGCAUGAUUCUGACCAACGCUAAAGGGAAACCUACGCUGGAAAUUUACAGACCCCCUGACGGCGUGGCGACCACAGCUGCCACCUCGGGAACGACGACCUCGACCACAGCGGCCACUGCAUCCACACCCGCCUCCACCAACAAGCUCAAUGUUCACGCUAAGGAGUUCACCAUGGCCAAGCCUGCCGACCUGCAAAAUAGGCCGGCGAUGGGCAUCGGGUACGCGACGGUGGGGCUGCAGCACUCGCGCUCGGCGGUGCUGCACGCGCACGUGCCGCCGCACUACCGGCCCGUCAUGCCGCCGCACGCACUCCUCAACAGCGCCUCCAGCGGGAACGUGCCGCAUGCACAGGUGGGACCUCGUGUCCACUUCAAGCUGCAGCCACAGCAAGCGAUCAUUCCGGAGAAGAAGAAGUCGCCGCCGUCGUCCCUGACGAACGGCAACGGCAAGAGCAUCCGGCCACAGUCGUUCACGCCGGGCCUCAAGCGCUCCAAGUCGCUCACGUCGGCUGACGCGCUGGCCAGCGGCAUGGCGGCCUUGGGACUCGCGGCCGAUGCAGGGGACCUCGGCAACUUCCCGCCCGAAAUACAGGAGUGCAUCGAUAAGGCUCUCGAAGACCCGAACGCAGUAUCAGCGCGCACGCUGAUGGACGCGGUGGGGCACCUGGUGUCGCGCGCGGUGGAGUCCCCGCGGUACGCGCUGCCGGCCGCGCGCCGCUGCAUCGCCGUCGUCGAGCGGGAGAGCACCGAGACCUUCCUCGAGUCGCUGCUCAACACGUGCCAGCAGUGGUACCACGACCGGGACAAGUUGCUGGGCUCGACGGUGGGCGGCGGGCGUCCCCGGCUGAUGGCGUUCCUGUCGUUCCUGCUGGAGAUGUACUGCCAGCUGCGGCGGCGCGCCAUCCAGCGCCGCGGCGCCUCCGCGCAGCCCGGGCAGGUGCUGCUCACGCUCAUCUGCAAGUGCUGCGAGGACUGCAUCCGCCAGCCCGUGCCCUCCGCUAGCGACACGGAGAACCUGUUCUUCGUGCUGACGUACAUCGGGCGCGACCUGGAGUCGCAGCUGCCGGGCGAGCUGGAGCGGCUGCUGACGGCGGUGCGCGACGCCUUCCUCACGGCGGGCGCCGCGCCCUCCAUCCGCCGCACGCUGCUGCAGCUCAUCGAGCUGCACGCCUCGCGCUGGCAGCUGCCGGGCUGCGCCGUGCUCUACUACUACCCCUCCUCCAAGUGACCUCUACUCGGCACCGCGACCUCAUCCAACUAAAUUAUUCGCUUAACUUUGCCCUCUGCACUAAAGAUACCCGGUGAUACCUGCGUACCGCGGAACUGCCACGUUGUAUCUCCAUAAGGUGGACAGUCCCCCAAUGUACCGUAGAGUAUACCGUAUCUUAGUUAGCGAGUACUGCUUGAUGAGAUUUAGUUAGUGGCGACUACUCUCGGUGGUGGUAUAUAUUCGGUUUCUCGUAAAUUGCUCGGAGUAUUAUUUCAUGCGGCGACAGCCUUAGACAGAGCGCCGGGCCCCGAGCCGCGCUCCGGAGGGGUACGAUAUUAUUCUGUAGGGAGUAAUUAUGUUAGAUUAGUAUACAAAGGUUACAAGCAUUUCUUGUAGUGUUUGAUUUGUUUCUACUGACCUCCUUAGCGUUGCGUUAGUUGUACAGGAGGUCUCCUUUUGUUGUCCCUUAUACGUAUCGUAGGCAUGAUGCUGCCAUAAGCUCAUUUAUUGUGCCUUUAAAGAUUUUAGUAGUGAUAGACACGUUCUCCGCGCUCUCGAGACAUAAAAAUUAUUUUGUAAUAUUUAUCGGACGUAAGACGCACUCGGGAGCGCGGAACGUAGCAAUUAAAAUGUAAGGUGUAGUUUAGCUUAAGGUGGAUUUAGUAAACGCAAGAUAUGCCUUGAAAGUAUUAAAAAGUACGUGUAACAUAAGUAGUAGGACAAAACGACGAUGUACAUUACUGUACGUUCUUCGCAUAGUAUUUGGUGCAUUGUACCCUUUGUCGGUUGUGUCUAACUGUAGUGUCGCAGUGUCGCCAUCUGUACUAGCGCUUGUAGCAGUAGCCUGUAGCACGGCCUCGCUUCACGGCCCGCACUAUACGUUAUGCACUCUGCUCCUAGUUUAUUUCCCGUAGCGUAGAUGUCCCAAUUAUGAAAUGAUCAUUCUAUUAAAUUAUAGAUGAACCUUAUCAGCUUUCUUACACGACGAUCAUAUGAAUGUAUGACUGAACUUCCUAAGUAUGAAGUGUUUCAAUUUAUUAUGCUUGUGAUAUUAUAAAUUUAAGUUAUGUAAUCUCUGAUAAUAUCUCUUCUGUCCUAACCAAAGACUGUACUGACGGUGUGGAGAUUCAUGAUAUGAUUAACAAAGUGUAAACUGAUGUUGUUGAAGCUGGACCAAAUUAUGUUCGUGUCGCCGCCGGCUCUGUCGCGGCCGCACUCACUUCAGUGACUAUUGUAAGUUCAUUUAGUUGUAGACUCGUACUCCUACGUCUGAUCACCAUUAUCAAACUAAUGAUUUUUUUAAUAUUAGUUAAUUACAUUAUUAUGGAAAAAGUUAAAAGACCAUAAACUUUUCGUUAUUACUAUGCAUUCGUAGCAAUAUAAGGUAAUGGUAUGUUUGUAGAAAAGUUGAAAAAAUAUAAAAAAAAUGGUGCUAACAAAAAUAUUGGUGUAUUGUAUAUUAUUUUAAUAGAAUACGGGCAAUAACAUUGUUCUCGUUACCGCUAUAAUUUUGUACGAAUAAAACAUAAAAAUGAUAUAUAACCAAUAAAUUAUAUAAAUAAAA